ACGGACAUGUCACGCUUCGUGACUGACUGGCUGGACAUGCUCCUCAUCGAUUCUUGGUAGACUUCUGGUGGCCGCAACAACCUGGCCGCAACAACUCUCGCGCUCGCGCUCGCUCUUCUUAUCCAUACCACCACUGGGCACGUAAGGCUGUAUCCCGUCUUGUCUUCUCACCCGACAUGAAGGGACUCAAGAAGACUCUGCUCAGAAGUUCCAAAUCUCAGGAGUCGUCCUCGUCAAAAACAAAGGAAGCAAAAGCUGCCGCCGCCGCCGCUGCUGCUCCGCCUCCCCCGCCCCCAAAUUCUGCGAAGCCCUUGCCGCAGCCGUCGUCAGCUGUAGCCAGUCUCAGCCAUCUUGCCAACAACAGCAGCAACCACUCAUUGACAUCGUCCAACGGGUCGAUCAGCUCGACACGUGCUGCAUCAUCCAACGUUAAUACUGGGGCCGUGCCCCAGCGUGGUUACAGUGCGCCGGAUAGAGCUGCGCCAGCACCACCGAUAGUCGUAGUCAGCCCAGACACAUCUGUAGAGCCCAUCGAGCGAACUUCGUUAGAUGGCGGUCCCAACACCCCCCCUAGGGCGGGUACGCUUAACCGGUUGAGGACAGGGCCCAAGGACACUAUUCCUAUCGUUGGCAAACCGCCGCGGAAGCAGCGAAGCAGCCGGUUUGUGAUUACAGAGAAAGUCGAGAUAGAGAAGCUUGCGCCGUUUAUGGAAACGCCACCUGCCGAGCGACCACAACUCUUCGUCAAGAAGCUGCACCAGUGCGCGGUGCUGUUCGACUUCAACGACACCAACUCCGAGCUUAAAGGCAAGCAAAUCAAGACCCAGACCCUGCACGAGCUGCUAGAAUAUAUCACCACGCAGCGAGGUGCGAUAACAGAAAACAUAUACCCAGAGGUUGUCAAGAUGUUUGCAACAAACCUCUUCCGUUCGAUACCCCCUCCUGUCAAUCCCACUGGCGACGCAUACGACCCUGAAGAAGACGAGCCUGUUCUUGAGCUUGCUUGGCCGCAUCUCAAGAUUGUGUACGAGUUCUUCCUCCGUUUUGUAGAAAGCCCGGACUUCAACACCAAUGUCGCCAAGCGAUACAUCGACCAGAACUUCGUUCUCAACCUCCUCGAGCUGUUCGACUCCGAAGAUCCGCGGGAGCGGGACUUCCUCAAGACAACGCUUCAUCGGAUAUAUGGCAAGUUCCUCAACCUCCGUGCACCUAUCCGUAGAAGCAUCAACAACGUUUUCUUCCACUUCAUCUACGAGACUGAGCGGCAUAAUGGAAUUGCGGAACUCCUGGAAAUCCUUGGAUCCAUUAUCAACGGUUUCGCUCUGCCCCUGAAGGAGGAGCACAAGACCUUCCUCAUGCGCGUGUUGAUCCCUCUUCAUAAAGUGAAGAGCUUGUCGAUGUACCACCCACAACUCGCAUAUUGCGUUGUACAGUUCUUGGAGAAAGACGCAGCGCUGGCUGAGGAGGUCGUUCUCGGACUGCUCAAGUUCUGGCCGAAAGUCAACUCGCCAAAGGAAGUCAUGUUCCUGAGCGAGAUGGAGGAGGUGCUUGACGUUAUCGACCCUGCCGAGUUCCAAAAGAUCCAGGUCUCAUUAUUCCAACAACUUGCGCGGUGUAUCAACAGUCAACACUUCCAAGUCGCGGAGCGAGCGCUGCUGUAUUGGAACAACGAGUAUAUCGUCAACCUCAUGAGUGAUAACCUCAAUGUUAUCCUCCCGAUUGUAUUCCCGGCCUUGUACACAAACUCAAGGUCACACUGGAACCGCACAAUCCACGCCAUGGUCUACAACGCUCUGAAGCUGUUCAUGGAGAUCAAUCCUGAUCUCUUUGACGCUGCAAUGCAGCAAUAUAAGCAGCGCAAGCUCGAAGAGCGUCAACAUGCUGUUGACCGGUAUGAGCAAUGGCAGAAGUUGCGGCAGAAGGCGGCACAGAAUGCGCAUGGCAAGCUGCCGGAAGGCUUCUUGGAGGACGAACCUUCCCCUCCACCGCCACCAGUCGACGAGAACGAUAUCCUCGAUAUCUCGAUUGACCUCAACGCCGUCUCACUUGACGCCGAGGUACCCUUAGGAGAGCUGGAUGAGAGCGGAAUCGAAAGGGUUCCGGUGGCUGAUCUGGGGAUGGACCGGCCAUUCCCCGAGGUAGGGGGGCUUGAACAUUCCCCUGGUGGUAUGAAUCUACACUCGCGGCGGAAGAGUGCUCUUCCAGUCGAUCCGACCGUACUUCGAGACCUCCAGGACCACCGAAGUCUGGAUGAUGCUGGCCUCCACUCAGGGUUGCCGCAGGACGGCUCGUGAGCAGUCCAUGGACAUGCUGUCGGAUAUGGCGCAGUGUACAGUUUUUCCAUGUGCAUAUCUCACGUGGGCUUCGUGUUCAUUUCUCAUAUAUCCCAACGAUGACUCUUCUCAUCCCGUGAAUCGGCCUUUUAGCGUUCAUAUUAGCCAACCAGACCUCAAACGCGUACUAAACAUUCGUCAUAUGCACAUGUGCUCUCCCAUUACUUGUUUAUCCACCCUUCCUCUUCAGGAUAAUUAUUCUU